AUGGCGGCUACGGCCACGAUGGCGACCUCGGGUUCGGCGCGGAAGCGGCUGCUCAAAGAAGAAGACAUGACCAAAGUGGAAUUCGAGACUAGCGAGGAGGUGGACGUGACCCCCACGUUCGACACCAUGGGCCUGCGGGAGGACUUGUUGCGCGGCAUCUAUGCCUACGGUUUUGAAAAACCAUCAGCAAUCCAGCAGCGAGCUAUUAAGCAGAUAAUUAAAGGAAGAGAUGUCAUUGCACAAUCUCAGUCUGGUACAGGCAAAACAGCCACCUUCAGUAUUUCUGUCCUCCAGUGUUUGGAUAUUCAGGUUCGUGAAACCCAAGCUUUGAUCUUGGCUCCAACAAGAGAGUUAGCUGUACAAAUCCAGAAGGGCCUGCUUGCUUUGGGUGACUACAUGAAUGUCCAGUGCCAUGCCUGCAUCGGGGGCACCAAUGUGGGGGAGGACAUCAGGAAAUUGGACUACGGACAGCACGUUGUUGCCGGCACACCUGGGCGUGUCUUUGAUAUGAUUCGUCGCAGGAGUUUGAGGACACGUGCUAUCAAGAUGUUGGUUUUGGAUGAGGCUGAUGAAAUGUUGAAUAAAGGUUUCAAAGAACAGAUCUACGAUGUUUACAGGUACUUGCCCCCAGCCACGCAGGUGGUGCUCAUCAGUGCCACGCUGCCCCAUGAGAUCCUCGAGAUGACCAACAAGUUCAUGACCGACCCCAUCCGCAUCUUGGUAAAACGUGAUGAACUGACUCUUGAAGGCAUCAAGCAGUUUUUUGUGGCUGUGGAACGGGAAGAGUGGAAGUUUGACACCCUGUGUGACCUCUAUGACACGCUGACCAUCACACAGGCUGUUAUCUUCUGUAACACCAAGAGGAAGGUUGACUGGCUGACGGAGAAGAUGAGGGAAGCUAACUUCACCGUUUCAUCCAUGCACGGGGACAUGCCCCAGAAGGAACGAGAGUCCAUCAUGAAGGAGUUCCGGUCGGGUGCCAGCCGAGUGCUCAUUUCUACGGACGUCUGGGCCCGGGGGCUGGACGUGCCCCAGGUGUCCCUCAUCAUUAACUAUGACCUGCCCAACAACAGAGAGCUGUACAUACACAGAAUUGGGCGAUCAGGUCGAUACGGCCGAAAGGGUGUGGCCAUUAAUUUUGUAAAGAAUGAUGAUAUCCGCAUCCUCAGAGACAUCGAGCAGUAUUACUCCACUCAGAUCGAUGAGAUGCCCAUGAACGUUGCUGAUCUGAUCUGA